CACUGACCUGUUCCAGUCACCAUCUACAGUAUUUCUCAUGGGAUUAAUGACAAGAAGCAUGCCGUGCGGCUGGAUGAAAUCCUUCCUGGUGAGCUUGUCUCGCAGGAAGCCCCUGGAGCCUGACGGGGAGGAAUCCACCUUCAACCGAUGCCUGACCACGCUGGACCUGGUGGCCCUGGGUGUGGGCAGCACCCUGGGAGCCGGGGUCUACGUCCUCUCUGGAGAGGUGGCCAGAGACACAGCUGGACCCAGCAUCAUCAUUUCCUUCUUCAUCGCAGCAGUGGCUUCUAUUUUUGCCGGUCUGUGCUAUGCAGAGUUUGGGUCCCGGGUUCCUAAAACAGGCUCGGCGUACCUGUACAGCUAUGUGACCAUUGGAGAGCUGCUGGCUUUUAUCACUGGCUGGAAUCUGGUGCUCUCCUACGUCAUAGGGACAUCCAGCGUUGCACUGGCAUGGAGCGGGACAUUCGAUGACCUGAUCGGGGGCGUCAUCUCCAAUUACUUUCAGGAAAACGCGCCAAUGGGCCUCGAUGGCUUGGCGCCUUACCCAGAUGUCUUUGCGGCCGGUCUCAUCAUGCUACUCUCAUGCGUGCUGGCAUUUGGAGUCAAAGAGUCGACGACCAUCAACAAGAUCUUUACAGCAGUCAACAUCUUGGUGCUGCUGUUCGUGACCAUCUCUGGGUUCAUCCAAGGAGACAUCGCCAACUGGCAAAUCAGUGAGGAAUCUCUGCUCAACGCCACGGUAGAAGCAAACAACCUCAGCUCCAUUGUUAAUGUAACAAGUGCCUUCGGACAGGGUGGAUUUUUCCCUUAUGGGUUCAGUGGGACCCUGGCAGGAGCCGCAACAUGCUUUUACGCCUUUGUGGGAUUUGACUGCAUUGCUACAACAGGUGAGGAGGUCAAGAACCCCCAGAAAUCGGUUCCUAUAGGCAUCGUGGUCUCCCUGCUCAUCUGUUUCGUGGCAUACUUUGCUGUGUCUGCCGCGCUCACCCUGAUGAUGCCCUACUAUAUGCUCAAUGAAAAAAGUCCACUUCCUGUGGCCUUUGACUAUGUCGGAUGGGGUCCUGCCAAAUAUGUGGUGGCUGUGGGUUCGCUGUGCGCUCUCUCCACCAGCUUGCUUGGCUCCAUGUUCCCGAUGCCUCGGGUACUCUUCGCCAUGGCGAGAGAUGGGCUGCUUUUCCAUCCUUUGACCAAAGUCACUUCCAAGGGAAGUCCGGCUGUAGCUACAAUAGCGUCUGGAACUGUGGCAGCAAUCAUGGCUCUUCUGUUUGAUCUGGAGGCCUUGGUGGAAAUGAUGUCCAUCGGUACUCUGUUUGCUUACACACUGGUGGCCAUUUGCAUCCUGAUACUCAGGUACCAGGAGGGUCCAUCUCAAGAAAAAACAGACCUAAAGGCCGAAGUACCGAAAUCUAAAUUCAGCUUAUUCAAACCUCCAUCAACUCCCAAUUCAACCACCUCACUGACAGUCACAAUCCUGACCGUGUCUUCUGUUGUGUGGGUGUUGGCUUUGUGCAUCCUUCUGACUUUUGCCAUCACCGCUCUGGGAAACUUGGAGGCGUGGUGUGUGGCUCUUGUCUGCAUCUUUGGGGUCAUCAUUUUGCUCCACAUUUUCAUCAUCUGGAGACACCCACAGAAUCCCACCAAGGCUUCCUUUAUGGUACCCUUACUGCCUGCUUUGCCUAUAGUCAGUACUCUCAUCAAUGUGUACUUGAUGGUGCAGCUGGGUGGAGACACUUGGGUACGAUACGCCGUCUGGAUGGCAGUGGGACUGGCUAUCUAUUUUGCUUAUGGAAUCCAUUUCAGUGUCCAGCGGAAGCGCCUGCAAACCAACCACAUGAAGAUUGAAACCAUAAGCAACAAAUCAGACAAGCACAUAAUCAGUGAAGAGCGGUUCUGAGCUCAGAUGAUGCCAGGAUGUAUAUAGACUGACGCCUUAUUGUGAAUUUCACAGUGUAACUCCUGUUUUAUGUGGACCUCUGCUCAGCACUGUUCAAUAUCGGAGGAUCAGUGAGGAAACAGCAGCACAGAUGUAAUAAGAAAUGGACCAAUGAUAAAUUUAUAUUCUUAUGUUCCAUUUUUUACGCACUUCUGGAAUUUUUUGUAUUCAAAUGUUCUUAUUUCAAACGGAUUAUUUUGCUGUUAACUGUUAUGGGCGGUAAAAUGCAUUGUUGCAGGAAGAAGCUCAGAGUUAAAGUGGAAGUCAGUGAUAACAGCAGUUGUUCUAACUUGUGGCACCGAACUACAACCUGCCAGUUUGUUUCAUAAAUCACUGUGCAAGCACUGAGGUGCUUCCUUAACAAUCUGCAAACCUUUAAUAUGUACAGGGAACUUUUUGAUUUCUGUGAAAGCUGUGAGAGAAGAGGGAGAACAUACUCAAAAUGAAACAUUCCUCCUGUGUUCACCUGGAUCCUCUAAAUCUACUCAGUAACGUGUAAAUGAUCAAAAAUGUAAUUACCUGAAAUAACAAGUUUACAUUUUUAUAUCAACUGUUAAAUAUAUCUAUAAUUUAAUUUUGCAGAAUUUUAAUAAAGAUUACAAAAUGUUUUUACAUUUAAAUUGAAAGCAGUCUUCUGAGGAUGCUGCAAAAUGUAGAUAUGGUGAAACUUUUUCGUGGAAUAUUGCUGUUGUUAACCUGUUUGAACUUUGCUGUAUUAAUUGUUCCUUGCUCGUG